AUGUUGUCUCGAACUGCGAUUCUCCUCUCUUGUUCUCUCUUGGCUAUCGCCACCGCGGCCUCCACUGUCCGCUCAUCGAUGAAGAACACGGUCGAAGAUGCUCAGGAGCAGCUCACGAAGAAGAUCCGAUGCUGGGAACCAAUCGAGGAGAACAUCGCCGGUGCCGCCUUCUCAGGACAACAUCGCCUCAGCGAGGCCGUCUAUGAAUUGUGCUCUUACAUGCCGGACCCGAAAAACUGGAGCAAAGGAUACGUGAACGGAGUGGACAUGGACUCGGAUGACUACACCACCGUUCUCCACAUGUUCCAAAACGUCGCCCGUGGCUACGCCGUCCUCAAUGUCUGUCUCCAGGAAGGCUUUCAAUUCCACGUCCAAGGUCGCCCAAGCCAGGUUUCCAUGAGAUGCCUAUGCAAGAGGGAUGGCUGCAAUCUCCCGAAGGGAUUCACCGAGUUCCUGGAGUACAACAAGCUCCCAAUGCCGGAGACCACUUUCUAA